AUGAAGUUGUCAGUACCAGCGGCGCUAAGCUUCUUCGGUCUUCUUUCUGGCCUCCCACAUUCCGCUGAAGCACAUUCGCAAGAAGCCCGCACACAGACCUCCGUAUCUUACGUAGCCGCAACCGGCUUACCUCGAUGGAGAGACUACGACCCCGCCGGAGACAAGAAGGAAGCCCCGUGGGGUAGCCGGACAUGCAAGUCAAACCCGGAAAAUGUGCCUGACACAGGCGUUGUUCGCAAGUAUGAGUGGACGGUGGAGAGAACCUGGGCAGCCCCUGAUGGAUUCGAACAAGAACUUCUCCUUGUGAACGGACAGUUUCCUGGGCCGCAGAUUGAGGCGAAUUGGGGUGACAUCGUCGAGGUCACAGUCCACAAUAACAUCACUGGUCCGGAAGAGGGCACAGCUAUCCACUGGCAUGGAAUCCACCAGCAAGAGACCCCGUGGAUGGAUGGUGUCUCUGGCAUCACCCAGUGCCCAAUAGUCCCUGGUGAAAGCUUCACAUACCGAUGGAAGGCCUCCACCUAUGGCUCAAGUUGGUGGCACGGCCAUCACGCACUUCAAUAUGCCGGAGGGCUAUGGGGGCCAAUCAUUAUUCACGGUCCAACGUUCGUCGAUUACGAUAUUGAUCUCGGCCCUAUUAUGCUUUCCGACUUUUACCACCGAGAUUACGAAGGCAUCGCGGAGGGCGCCAUCUCGACUAGUACUGAUGAAAACGUGACAGUCCCACAUUCAGCCAACCAGCUCAUCAACGGCAUGAAUCCGUACGAUUGCUCUCUGUCGCCCUACCAGUUUCCCUCUAUCACCGACGCCACAUGCCACGACGAUGCUCCUAAGCCACAGUUCAUGUUCCAGACUGGCAAGACCCAUAAGCUGCGCCUCAUCAACACCGGUGCCCAGGCCAUCCAAGUCUUUUCGAUUGACAAUCACAAGCUUAUUGUGACAACGAUGGACUGGACGCCUGUCGAACCAUACGAGGUCGAUUACAUCGCUCUCGGUGUAGGUGGCAGAGCUGAGGUGCUCGUCAAGGCUACCGGUGACCCCACCUCUGCGUAUGCCAUGCGCAUGAGAUCGCGAUGUGCGACCACAUACGUCAACGAGACUAUCGCGACUAUUUUCUAUGACCAGGCUUCGCCAACCGCUGUACCCGUUCCCGCCGCACUUGAAAUUCCUUAUAAGCUUACCAACUCAUCUUGUGGCCAUUAUGACUUACCAAAGGUGAAGCCGCUCUUCAGAAAGCGCGUCGCGAAGCCUGACAUGACCGUCUUCUACAACGUGUCUUACAAGACAAAUGCAACCGGCAACUGGCUGUGGCUGAUGAACAACGUUUCCUUCCAAGCUGACUGGAGCCGACCUCUCUUACUGGAGGCAGCCGACGGGAAAACGGACUAUCUCUCCCAACUGCAGCACAUCCUCACAACUGUGCCGGAUGACGUACGCCACGUUCGAGUCAUUGUUCAAAACACAUUCUCCAUUCACCCUAUGCAUAUCCAUGGGGGCAACUUCCAAAUCCUGGCCGAGGGCGACGGCAUUUGGAACGGCUCAAUCAUCAAUAAGAAGAACCCAGCUCGCUCCGAUACGGAGCUUCUUCGUCGAAACGGCCAUCUUGUUGUUCAAUUCGACACGAAGAACCCCGGUACCUGGAGCUUUCACUGUCAUACUGCUUGGCAUGCCAGCCCAGGUCUCAUUGCCAACUUCCUGGUGAAGCCCAAGGCGGUACAGGCGUACGAUAUUCCAACCGCUGUCCGAGAUGGAUGCGUGGCUUGGAACAAGUAUCAAAGCUCUGGGGGAGAAAAUGCUUUGCCGUUUGACAGUGGACUCCGGAAGAAAUCUUUUUCAUGA